AUGUAUUUCUUAAUGGUGAUCACUUACUCCAGUCGUCACGUCUACAAUAACUUGACUGAGGAACAGAAGGGCCGAGUGGCCUUUGCUUCCAAUUUCCUGGCAGGAGACGCCUCCUUGCAGAUUGAACCUCUGAAGCCCAGUGAUGAGGGCCGGUACACCUGUAAGGUUAAGAAUUCAGGGCGCUACGUGUGGAGCCAUGUCAUCUUAAAAGUCUUAGUGAGACCAUCCAAGCCCAAGUGUGAGCUGGAAGGAGAGCUGACAGAAGGAAGUGACCUGACUUUGCAGUGUGAGUCAUCCUCUGGCACAGAGCCCAUUGUGUAUUACUGGCAGCGAAUCCGGGAGAAGGAGGGAGAGGAUGAACGUCUGCCUCCCAAAUCUAAGAUUGACUACAACCACCCUGGGCGAGUUCUGCUGCAGAAUCUUACCAUGUCCUCCUCUGGACUCUACCAGUGCACAGCAGGCAACGAAGCUGGGAAGGAAAGCUGUGUGGUACGAGUAACUGUACAGUAUGUACAAAGCAUCGGCAUGGUUGCAGGAGCAGUGACAGGCAUAGUGGCUGGAGCCCUGCUGAUUUUCCUCUUGGUGUGGCUGCUAAUCCGAAGGAAAGACAAAGAAAGAUAUGAGGAAGAAGAGAGACCUAAUGAAAUUCGAGAAGAUGCUGAAGCCCCGAAAGCCCGUCUUGUGAAACCCAGCUCCUCUUCCUCAGGCUCUCGGAGCUCACGCUCUGGUUCUUCCUCCACUCGCUCCACAGCAAAUAGUGCCUCACGCAGCCAGCGGACACUGUCAACUGAUGCAGCACCCCAGCCAGGGCUGGCCACCCAGGCAUACAGCCUAGUGGGGCCAGAGAUGAGAGGUUCUGAACCAAAGAAAGUCCACCAUACUACCAUGACCAAAGCAGAAACCACACCCAGCAUGAUCCCCAGCCAGAGCAGAGCCUUCCAAACGGUCUGAAUUAGAAUGGACUUGACUCCCACACUUUCCUAGGAGUCAGGGUCUCUGGACUCUUCUCGUCUUUGGAGCUCAAGUCACCAGCCACACCCCUCGAACCAGAUGAGAGGUCAUUUAAGUAGCAGUGAGCAUUGCACAGAAGAGAUUCAGAUAAGCACUUUUCUUAUAUGAUACCAAACAAGCAAAAGGAUGUAAGCUGAUUCAUCUCCAAAAAGGCAUCUCAUUGUGCCUUUAGACCAGAGUAAGGGAAAGCAGGAGUCCAAAUCUAUUUGUUGACCAGGACCUGUGGUGAGAAGGUUGGGGAAAGGUGAGGUGAAUAUACCUAAAACUUUUCACGUGGGAUAUUUUGUAUCAGUGCUUUGAUUCACAACUUUCAAGAGGAAAUGGGAGGCUGUUUGUAAAUUUUCUAUGCAUUUCUGCAAACUUAUUGGAUUACUGCAAUUAUUCAGACAGUCAAGCAGAACCCACAGCCUUAUUACACCUGUCUGCACCAUGUACUGAACUAACCACUUCUAAGAAACUCCAAAAAAGGAAACAUGUGUCUUCCAUUCUGACUUAACUUCAUUUGUCCUAAAGUUCAGAUAUUAAUUUCAAGGGGAGUUGUAAUAGUGGGAGAUGGAGAAGAGUGAAUGAGUUUCUCCCACUCUAUACUAAUCUCACUACUUGUAUUGAGCCCAAAAUAACCGAAAGGAAACGAAAAUUUAUGACAAAGGAUUGUGAAGAGCUUUCCAUCUUCAAGAUGUUAUGAGGAUUGGUGACAAACAUUAGAAAUAUAUAUUGGAGCAACUGUGGAUUUUCCCUCAAAUCAAACGCCUCUAAGGACUUUCCUGCUAGAUAUUUCUGGAAGGAGAAAAUACAACAUGUCAUUUAUCAACGUCCUUAGAAAAGAUUCUUUCAGAGAAAAAGGGAUCUAGGAAUGCUGAAAGAGUAACCAACAUACCAUUAUAGUCUAUUCUUUCUGAGAACAUGUGAAACCAGAAUUGCAAGACUGGGUGGACUAGAAAGGGAGAUUAGAUCAAACUUAUCUUAAUGUGUCAAGGAAGGUAGCUGGGCAUGGUGCCAGGCACCUGUAGGAAAAUCCAGCAGGUGGAGGUUGCAGUGAGACAAGAUUGUGCCAUUGCACUCCAGCCUGGGUGACAGAGCGAGACUCCAUCUC